AUGUUGCCUUCAUGCAUGAGGGGCGUCAGAAACAUCACUGAAGUUAUUAUCAUCCCUGUAAUUAUCAAAAUCACUGUCAUUGAUUCAUCUGGCUACAGUUCCUGUGGCUUCCCAGAAGGCACUAGAAAGAAAAAUAACAGCCCAACAAGGACCAUAUCAAUUAAAUCCAUGUUAUGCCACUGGCUGGUACAAUCACAUGGUAGCAGCAGGCCGGGCUUUGUCAUUGGUGUAGUGACUAAGUUCUACCAACACAUCUUGGCCUUGGUGUUUGCAGUCCAUGAGAUCAAUGACAAUCCCAAGAUCUUGCCCAAUGUCACACUUGGCUUCCACAUCUAUGACAGCUAUUAUGAUUCCAGGAAGACCUACGGUAACACUCUGGACCUGCUCUGCAAAUCACACACAUUUGUUCCUAACUAUAAAUGUGACAUAAAGAAAAAUCUAAUAGGAGUCAUUGGAGGACUCAAUUCUGAGAUGUCCUCACUCAUUGCAGAUAUCUUAAGUCUUUAUAAGAUUCCACAGAUUUCAUAUGGCUCCUUUGAACGAAAAGCAAGUGAUCACACUGACUACUCUCCUUUUUACCGCACGGUUCCCAAUGAGGAUAUUCAGUACCUGGGGAUCAUCCAGUUACUUCUUCAUUUUGGAUGGAUGUGGGUAGGGCUCAUCACAUCGGAUAAUGAAGGCGGAGAGCGUUUCUUGCAGGUCUUGGAGCCGAUGCUUUCCCAGAAUGGAAUCUGUUCGGCAUUCACAGAUAUUGUUCCAAAAAACCCCAAUUUUCUCAGCUUAGAUGAACUAAGUAAUCUCUAUUUUACUAAUAUUCCUGUUUUCUUGAAGAGCAAAGCCAACGCAGUUGUUAUUUAUGGAGAAAAUAGAUCCCUUGCACGGCUGAAGGGUAUUGUAUUGAUAAGAACUUUGCCUUCUCUAAUAGCUGCUGAAUAUGAGAAGAUGAGCUCCAGAGGGAAAGUGUGGAUUAUGACAGCUCAAAUUGAUAUCACAUUGCAUCCCCUUCAAAAGGCUUUUGAUAUGCAGAUACUCCAUGGUAGCAUCUCUUUCACAAUUCAAUCCAAGCAAGUUCAAGGCUUCCAAGAAUUUCUCCAAACAAUCCACCCAUCUCGGGCAAAUGGUGGUGGGUUUAUCAAAGAUUUCUGGGAGCAAGCAUUCGACUGUUCCAUUCCAAAUCCUGAUGGCCCAAAUGAAUCGAGUGAAUCCUGUUCUGGAGAGGAGAGGCUAGAGAGCCUUACUGCCCCUUUCUUUGAAAUGAGCAUGACUGGCCACAGCUACAGUAUCUAUAAUGCUGUCUAUGCUCUGGCACAUGCUUUUCAUGGCAUGUACUCAUCUAGAACCAACCACAAAGCAAUGGAGGAUGAGGGCAGAUGGGCCCCUCAGAAUGUGGAACCCUGGCAGCUUCACUCUUUGAUUCAGAGGAUCUCGUUCAACAAUAAUGCAGGAGAUGAAGUUAAAUUUAAUGAACAUGGAGAAUUAGUGGCUGGAUUUGAUAUUACAAACUUGGUGACUUUCCCAAAUAACUCCUAUGCCAGAGUUAAGUUGGGAAGGCUGGAUCCAAAGGCUCCUCCUGCCAAAAAGUUCACCAUUAAUGACGACAGAAUUCAGUGGCAUAAGUAUUUCACUCAGGUUCCUCCCUUCUCUCUCUGUAAUGAGAAGUGUGAUCCUGGUUACAGCAGGAAAAAGAUAGAGGGGGAGAAAUUUUGUUGUUACGAUUGUGCUCCAUGUCCGGACGGGAAGAUCACAAAUCAGACAGACAUGGAUAAUUGCAACAGCUGCCCAGAACACCAAUAUCCAAAUCAGAACAAAGAUGACUGUAUUCCCAAAGUUGAAAGCUUCCUUUCUUUUGAAGAACCUUUGGGAAUCAGUUUAGCUUCUUUGGCUCUUUUCUUUUCUGUGGUCACAGUUUUGGUGCUUGCCAUCUUCAUUAAGCAACAAGACACUCCCAUCGUCAAAGCCAACAACCGGAGCCUAACCUAUGUCCUCCUCGUGUCUCUUCUUCUUUGCUUCCUCUGCUCCUUGCUCUUCAUUGGACAGCCCAAUAAAAUGACCUGCCUCCUUCGACAAACAGCCUUUGGCAACAUCUUCUCUGUUGCUCUUUCUUCAGUUUUGGCCAAAACCAUUGUUGUGGUUGUGGCUUUCAUGGCCUCCAGGCCUGGGAACAGUUUUCAGAAAUGGGUGGGGAGAAGAUUAGCACAUUCUAUUGUCAUUUUCUGUUCUCUUGCUCAAGUAGUUAUUUGUACUUCUUGGCUGGCUAGUUCUCCCCCAUUCCCAAAUUUGGACAUGGACUCAGUGUUUGGAGAAAUCAAUAUGGAAUGUAACGAAGGUUCAGUCACCAUGUUCUAUUGCGUUUUGGGCUAUAUGGGAUUCUUGGCCAUUUUUAGCUUCACCGUGGCAUUCCUAGCAAGGAAGUUACCUGACAGUUUCAAUGAAGCCAAGUUCAUCACCUUCAGCAUGCUAGUUUUUUGCAGUGUUUGGCUGUCCUUUGUUCCAACCUACCUAAGUACAAAAGGAAAAUACAUGGUGGCUGUGGAGAUCUUCUCCAUCUUGGUUUCCAGUGCUGGGUUAUUGUUCUGCAUCUUUUCCCCAAAAUGCUACAUUCUUUUGCUAAGGCCUGAUUUGAACAACAAGGAGCAGCUAAUAAGGAGGCAGCCUUACAAUGUCUAA